CCUCUUCUUCUAUUUAUUCUUCAAUCUCUCACGGAAAGAACACAAGUCUCUGAAUCUGAAAACUUCUUCCUUCGGCUUUGGAAGUCAUACAUACACACACACACACAUACAUACACACUCAUAAGAGGGAGAUCUACAACUGCGAGAUCCUAGAUCGAGUUUUAUACGUAGAUGGAGUAUUCUUCGUCUUGGGUUGAUACUUCUUUGGAUCUCAGCAUCGGUGUAAAUCGUAUGCAAGUCCAAGAUGAAGCCACGACGAGUGCUUUGGUCGAGGAACUAAACCGAGUGACCGCAGAGAACAAGAAACUCGCGCAGAUGCUUACUGUGAUGUGCGGCAACUACGACGCUUUGAAGAACCAGUUGAUGGAUUACGUCAACAACAACAACAGCAACAGCAACAUGGAGAGAGAGCUGAGUCCGUCGAAGAAACGCAAGUCUCCGGUGAAAGAUCGCGACGCCAUCGGAUUAUCGGAGAGCAGUUCCACCGAACAAGAUGAGUUGUGUAAGAAGCAGAGGGAAGAUACUUUCAUCAAGGAGAAGGUCUCUAGAGCUUAUUACAAGACUGAAGCUUCUGAUACUAGCCUUGUUGUGAAAGAUGGGUACCAUUGGAGGAAAUACGGACAAAAGAUCACAAGGGACAACCCUUCUCCAAGAGCUUACUUCAAAUGCGCUUUUGCUCCGAGUUGUCCAGUCAAAAAGAAGGUGCAGAGAAGCAUAGAAGACCAAUCUGUGUUGGUUGCAACCUACGAGGGAGAGCAUAACCAUCCAAUGCCUUCUCAGAUGGAAGCAAACGCCGGUUUGAAUCGCUAUAUCUCGAUUGCUUCAGCUUCAUCUGCAGUCAACGGGCCUGAGCCAUUGAUAACCGUUGAUCUCACCGAAUCUGAGAAGCUCAGUGGUAACACCAAGAACCCUAACUCAAGAAUCCACCUCCCGGAAGUUGGGAAACACUUGGUGGAACAGAUGGCUUCUUCUUUGACGAGAGAUCCUAAAUUCACCGCAGCUCUUGCGGCAGCUGUUUCAGGGAGAUUGUAUCAACAAAACCCAGCAGAGAAAUAGUUCAUAUAUAUAGGACAGAUCUUUAGUUACUUUCUGUUAGAUUAGGUUCAUGUCAGUACUAUUCAGUUCUUACGACUGUCCAGAUCGAUUCCUUUGCUUCACGCGCAAGCAAUGAUGAACUUGCAAACGAAAUCGACUUCAGUGUAGUUUGUCCAAGACUAUACAUAUGUUUUUCUGUUCUCUUCUUCAUCAUUCUAUAUAUAUA